AUGGCAACGCGUUUUCGGUCCACCAAGAGCCUGCACCUGUGCCUCAAUCUGAAUCGGUGGCUCUGCCUUGCCGCACUAAUGCUAAUUUUCAUCAUGCAGCUGUCCCGUUGUGAAGCACAGUCACAGCCCCGCAUCAGCCGUCGACCGGCUGGAAAGACCAAUGUGGAGGAGACCAGCGAGAGAGGCACCGUGCCGGAUCAGCUGGCGCUGGCCGCAAGUCGCUCUGAUGGACAUGGGCGCAAUUAUCCGCGACGGGGCGGUGCACUACAGGCAAGGACCAAGGAGGCAACUCCAGACUAUAGCUACGGGCAGCUGGAGCUGAAUCUAAUACGACCCGAGCACGAGACGUCUUCAUUGUCGCCGCACGGCAAGAUCAGUGCUUACUACGGCGGCGGCAUGAGCACAACAGCCGAAUCCGUUGGAGCUGCUGUUGAGCAGCAGCAUCAGCAGCAGUAUCAGCAGCAGCAUCAACAGCAACACUCAGUUGAGUCCACAUCCAGUGAAUCGUCCCUACCCGCUCCAGCGCCCGUCUAUGAGAAGGAGUCGGUGCCGCGCAGCUAUGAGCUGUAUGACACACCCGCCCCGACCGAGCCCGUUGGUAGCGACAUUGAACGUCUCUAUCGCACGAAAUAUUAUAGCUAUCCGGCAUCGCAGCCGCAGCCACAAUUGUACCGCAACAUCGAGGACGAGGCGGAGGAGAAGGUGCGCGUCUCUGCAUCGACGGAAAUACCCAAGGCAGAAAUAAUGAAACAAAUCGAAAAGUCUGUCAUCAAGUACAUGAAGGAGCUGGAGGCUGAGGGCAAGAUAAUUACCACGCCACAGGAGCUGGCGCCACCAGCCACCAAAACCUACUACAAGCUGCUGUCGCUACCCAGUUCCGGCGGUGCCAGUGGCUCAGUUUCGAGCGAGGAGAAGCGCUAUAGCAGCAGCACGGUGCGUCCCAAGUACAGCAGUCCGCCGGCAGCUGGCCAAGGUCGUCAGCCGGGUCCUUCCAUUCAGCAACAUGGCCAAUACCAUGGACAGCAUCAUCAGCUGAGCAAGCAGAAUCCGCAUGCGCUGACCAAGCCGCAGCGAUACCAAUCCGAAACGGAAACCGCAUACCAGGCACCGGAUAUUUCCGCAGACGCGCUGGCACCCAAUGUGGAGUUCAUCUAUAAGAUUAAGACGCGUGCGCCGCUGCAAACGGCCACUGUGAAGACCGUGUCGAAGCCUUACACCUUGCCGCUGAAGACGAGCGCCGAGCACUUUGAUCAUGGCGCUGCCCUAAAAAACAUCGAGGAGUUCGACUUGUCCCAUGUGGUAACGACGCCAGAGCGCGAACAGGAGGAGCAGCGGGUGACGAUCAAGCCGCAAAAGCUGUAUUUCAACUCAGAUAUCUAUCAUGACAUUAACUCAUUGCCCUAUAAGGCGGAAAAGCUACGCGGCGCCAGCAGCAGUGCCAGCAACAUCCAUUCGGUUCAGGGUCAGGAGUACAGGCACAAGCUGAAGGCAGCCGCCGAUCUGCAUCCAGACUAUAAGGGCUAUUCGGGCUAUUUUGCGGAGCCGGCGUCUAGCAGCAUGGAGUUGGCCGAGAAGCAACAGCCGAGCGGCAUUGGCAAUGAUGGCAGUGAGGAGGGCUAUCCGCUGCCUUAUCAAUAUGUGCUCAAGAAGGAGCCGCUAUCCGCCAAGUACGAGGAGGAGCGUGAAAGCUGGGAGCAGUCGAUGCGCCUGGCACAUGCCAAGCCCGCUGGCGGUGGCUACAAGACUGCUGCCUCCACCAGCCUAGAAUACGACAGCUACAGUCCCAAGUUUAACAACAAUCCCGAAGGCUAUGGCUAUCAGCACACCUACAAGACGCAGCUGCUUCGAGGCGCUGGCGGCGGCGGCAGCGGGGGCAACUCUGGCAACGGCGCCGCUGCCAAGCGCGGCAAGCGAGGCGGUGCCCCGCAUCCCUCCGCCGGUGGUGCGCCCGGCAAGAAGCUGUUGCGCAGCAACGUCGGCGCUUCAGGCCUCGGUGGCGCUGUUGGCGUUGGCGGCAAGCUGGCCAAGGAUCUGGAGGCCAAUCUGGCACUGCGACCACCGCCGAAGAAAUAGUCUGUUAUAUAGCUUAUUAUAUGAACAAUUUUG